CAAGUCUCUUCGGUUGAACCUUGACUCAGCCUGAGGUAAAAUAGGACUCUUUCAAACUAACUAACCGACCGGAAGCAACAACUUCUGGUGGCUCCUAAACAAACACCGGCUUUUUUUUAAGGACACCUUUAAUCCCGCAGGUGCUGAGGAAACCGCGAGCAGAGAAAACCUGCAGAGCAAAGCUGUGGGCAGACUUGGUGGUCAAUAUUGACAGGAUGUCCAGCCAGUUGGCCAUUUAUUUGUGAAUGGAUUAGAGGCGAGUCGUGACCAUGCGCUGCCUGGCUGCUCGGGUGAACUACAAGACCCUCAUCGUCAUCUGCGCCCUCUUCACACUCAUCACGGUGUUGCUGUGGAACCGCUGCUCCAGUGACACCGCCCUGCGCUUCCUGUCCCGCGCCGCCUUGGUGGCGCCCAGUGCCAGGGUGGGGGACGCCAGCAUCAGCAGCCAGCAGCACCCGCCGCAACCUCCAGAGCCCCCGCCCGUCGUCGGGCUGGUCGCGGGGAUCAAGUAUGAAGAUAUCGACUGCCUGAUCAACGAUGAGUCUACAAUCAAAGGCCGCAGAGACGGCGGAGAGAUAUACCUGCCCUUCAGCUGGAUCGAGAAGUACUUCGAGGUGUACGGCAAGGUGGCGCAGUACGACGGCUACGACCGGUUCGAGUUCCAGCACAGCUACUCCAAGGUUUACGCGCAGCGCGAGCCGUACCACCCCGAUGGAGUCUUCAUGUCGUUCGAGGGCUACAACGUGGAGGUCCGCGACCGAGUCAAGUGCAUAAGUGGAGUGGAAGGCGUGCCUCUGUCCACGCAGUGGGGCCCUCAGGGCUACUUCUACGCCAUCCAGAUCGCUCAGUACGGCCUGAGCCACUACAGCAAGAACCUGACGGAGCGCCCCCCCCACGUGGAGGUCUACGACACGGCGGAGGACCGAGACAGCUGGGCCAGCGCGGCGCCCUGGAGCGUGCCAAAGGGCUGCGGCCUGAGCCGCGUCCACGACAAGACCCGGGCGACCUCCGUGCGCCAGUUCAGUGCCCCAGAGUCCUCAGAGGGCGUGUCCCUCCCGCUGGGUAACUCCAAAGACUUCAUCCUCAGUUUAGACGUCAAGUUCGUCUCCAACGGCAGCGUGUCCGUGAUCCUCGAGACCACGGAGAAGGGCUCGCCGUUCACCAUCCACUACGUGACCAACACGCAACUCAUCGCCUUCAAUGACCACGAGAUAACGUACGGCGUCGGGCCCCGGACCGCCUGGAGCACGCUGACCCGAGACCUGGUCACCGACCUCAGGAAGGGCGUCGGCCUGUCCAACACCAAGGCUGUGAAGGCCACUAAGAUCAUGCCCAGGCGGGUGGUGCGAUUAGUCCUGCGCGGGCGAGGCUCCGUAGACAACGUCACCAUCUCCACCACGGCCCACAUGGCCGCCUUCUUCGCCGCCAGCGACUGGCUGGUGCGCAACCAGGACGAGCGGGGCGGCUGGCCCAUCAUGGUCACCCGCAAGCUGGGCGAAGGCUUCCGGCCUCUGGAGCCCGGCUGGUACUCGGCCAUGGCUCAGGGCCAGGCCAUGUCCACCCUGGUGAGGGCCUACAUCCUCACCAAGGACCAGGCGUACCUCGGCGCCGCCCUGAAGGCGGUCGGACCCUACAAGGUGCCGUCGGCGCAGCACGGCGUCAAAGCCGUGUUCAUGAACAAAUACGACUGGUACGAGGAGUACCCCACCACGCCCAGCUCCUUUGUGCUCAACGGCUUCAUCUACUCCCUGCUGGGUCUCCACGACUUGACUGAGACCGCCGGGGAGAAGCUGGGCAGGGAGGCGGGGCAGCUGUUCGAGCGCGGCAUGGAGUCGCUGAAGGCCAUGCUGCCGCUCUACGACACGGGGUCCGGGAGCAUCUACGACCUCCGGCACUUCAUGUUGGCCACCGCGCCCAACCUGGCGCGCUGGGACUAUCACACCACGCACAUUAACCAGCUGCAGCUGCUGGCGUCCAUUGACGACGCGCCCGUCUUUAAGGAAGUGGUCAAGCGCUGGAAAAACUACCUAAAAGGGAUCCGAGCCAAGCACAACUAAAACGUGUGUGUGUGUGUGUGUGUGUGUGUGUGUGUGUGUGUGUGUGUGUGUGUG